AUGAUUGCUCAAGUGUUACUUAAAGACGUUGCCGAAACCCCAAGGAUCCCCAUCAAAGAUUGCAUUAGAAACGUUAAGACAUCAUAUCAUAAAAUGAUAAGCAAGAGAAAUGGAUAUCUGGGGCGUAGGCGUGCUUUUGAGAUGAUUUAUGGAAAUUGGGAGGGCUCUUUACAGAUGUUGCCGAGGCAUAUGAUAGCUCUACAAAAAUUCAAUGCUGGUACUGUUGUAGAGUGGAGGCUUCUGCCCGUUAAUAUUUUCAACUUUGUGUUUUGGACAUUCAAAUCAUGUAUUGAUGGUUUUGCUCAUCGUCGCUCAUAUCCAUAA